AUGUGCCUAUCUCCGAAGUCACUUUGUGCUCAGGGCCCCUGCCCCGUCAACGCUAGCCUUAAAUCCCCAGGCUCUUUUACACCGUCACGUUUUCGCAUAUACUUGAACUUCACGCGCCUGCUGCUUCGCAUUGAAGCUAAGGAGAUCGUUCCUCGCUCUUUUCCUUUCUUCCCUCCAUCCUUUCUGCAGCGGCACCCACCUUUCUUUCUCGCCUCGUCAACGCCAUCAUCACUUCGAGUUCUUUCAUUAAAAUCCCUACUUCCACUCUCACUCCUGACCUCCCACCAUAUUACAAACUACAACGGAUCCCUGCCUCAACCGCGCUACGGACUCCUUCUUUUGGGUGGGUUUCUUCUCUUUCCUUUCUUUUUAUCUUCUUCCUUUUUUGUCCUUUUUCAUCUAAAUUCUAACGACUUCCAUUCUUUCUCAACUAUCUACUCCCUGAUUCUCUCUCGUAUUGCUUUCUUAUUUUUCUCUUUCUUUCUUUCAAAACUUAUUGUUUACUUACAUUCUUUUUAUAAUAAAAAUUUUAUUAUUCUUGCUAUCUUUAUCUUUUGUACCUACUUUUAUUUUUUUCCUAUUCUUACUUUUUUUUUUGUUUUAUCAACUCUUCCUUUCCGUCUUGCUCUCUCUCUCACUACUCAAACAGUUUAUUAUUUCUUUUUCUCUAUCUAUUCCGAUGUUUUCCUUUUCUCAUAUUUUGUUUUCUGUUCUUUCUGCUUAGUUUAUCUUUCUUCUUUGCCUCUUCUUCACUUACUUUUUUUAAUUCUUUCUCUACUUCCUUUUUCUUUUUUCGUCUCUUUUUAUUCCAACCUCACCCUUUAA